UGUUGUUACAGCUAACCAAUCAAUAUCUAGAUAGCAAGCUAUCGAUGUGUAGUAUUAUUUUAAUAGGCACUGUCGCAAAAACAGAACUGGAUACUUAAUAAGAUAGAAUACUUGUCAACGCCAUAAACAUCUCAACUGAUGAAAUAGUAUACCGCAAGACAUACCGAAUAGUUACGUUGAUGAAAUUGUUUUGUGUAUCUUAUAUUAGAACGAGUUAUUAACUGAGAAAUAAGUGAGUUAAAGAAAACAGCCUAAGAAACAUUUCUUGAUGGCGGCUAUGAAUCCGUAUGCCUUUCGUGGGUGGCAUAUACCCUCGUAUGCCGAUGGUGCUAAUUGUGAUAGAAACUAUCCGCACAUGUAUGGGACUUGGCCCCAUUCGGGGUAUUUCACCCCCGGAUCAGUGUAUUCCUUGCCCUCGGACACAGCUAAGCAGCAUGCAAAUACAGACUGGAAACUGUGCACCCCAGCGACAUCUGAAGGUAUGUCCCCAAGGGAUAAUAAUUCAUUAAUGAAAAGCGGAUAUGAGAAUUUACUAUAUAAAAGUUCAAAUAUUCGAGGGGACAAUGACACCCCUAGGGACGAUUCUCAAAGAAGCUGCUGUGCCAUUUCUUGCAGUUGUAGCAGUCAUCAACGACUAAAUGUAUUAGAUAAUUCAUGGAGGGGGCCCGAUGCUUUAGACCUCAAUAAAGCUACUUCAAUGUCAGCUUACUCAUCUUUCUGCCAAAGAGACAUGCAACAGAUUCAUCUUCCAUCAACCACACUCGCUCCCACCACAGUUACGUUACGGAAGCGACGGCGGCCAUAUUCUAAAUUUCAAAUAGCAGAACUUGAAAGGGAGUACAACAACUCCACAUAUAUUUCAAAGUCUCGCAGAUGGGAACUUUCACAGCUCAUAAACUUGUCUGAACGACAAAUCAAAAUAUGGUUUCAAAACAGGCGUAUUAAAGCUAAGAAAGUUGUAAAAAGGGACGAUACUCCGACUAAAUCUCAGGUACCGUGUAUGCCUCAGUCUAUAAAUCAGUGAUUUGAAUAUGGAAUUGAGUAUUGUCCAAUGAAAUUGUUGCUUACAUCAGGACAAGCACUUGAAAGGAUAAACCAAUCAUCUUCUUUCAGAGGAGGACAUAGGCAGUAAUGCAAGUGAAAAUGGACGCCUCAAAUGGUGCAUUAUUAUUGUGUAAUAUUAGUUGUCUCAAUUAUAAGGUCCCAUUAUUGUUUUGGUGUUAUAUUUUUAUGUUUUAUAUUUUUUCUGGUAAUGAGAUUACCAUGACUAUAAUCAAAUUUGAAAAUCCUUUGUAUUUAUGUAAAUAGUCCGACCACAUGCAGUUACACAUUUUUCUUGUGUUAUUUUAUCAAACUCUGAAAUGUAUGGAAUUAUUUAUUUGAUUCUUACUGAACUUUUUACAUAGGAUUUUCUCAUUUGAUAAAUUUGCAUAAUUUGUCGCAUUUGCAAUAAGGUGUCAUUACGGGAAUUUUUAAAAGAGAUUUUAGAGGAAGUAAAGUGCACUUUUAGCAAUUCUCAGAGAUGCCAUUAUCUUGCCAAUAUUGAUUUAUAUACUUCCAACCGAAUAUAAUUGUCUAAUUUUUAUGUAUGUCUUAACGAUAUUCUUAUGCUAUUUUCCUAAAUCGAGGACAUACAAUAAGCUAUCAGAAUGUUCUUUUUAUUCUAAAGAUACCUCUUCAUUUGAAUAAAACAAAAAUUCCCUUGAAGGUAUUUUAUAUUUUAAAAUUCGUCUGUGACAAAGUCUUAAAAAACAAUAGUGGUGCUUGUUUCACAGUAAAUUGAUAACAAAUUCUAGAAAUGAUUUUAAUUUGAAGCAAAUACGACUAGUAUUGUACAAUUUUAAAACUAUACAUAUAAAAAAAGUUGAUUUGUAUUUUACAAACCGGAAGCACAGCUCGGGGUAAAUGCUUUAUUUUUUCUCAUGUUUAGGUAUGUGAAUAAUGCGUUUUGCUGAUGAGGAUUUAGGGCCACGAUACCAUGGUUAAAUUUGAAACGACACUAGCUCCAAAGUUCAAUUCAGAAAAUGCUUUUGUUUUUUCGACCGUUUUAGUUUGGUUUCAAUGACCCCAUAUUGUUUAGGGAGAUAGAAGUUGUAUUUCUGAUUGGGUUUCAGCACCGCCAAGAAUAUAUAAAACCAAUACCGUUUUAGUUUGGUUUCAAUGACUCUAUAUUAUUUAAGGGAGAUAUAAGUUGGAUUUCUGAUUGCGGGUGUCAGCACCGCCAAGAGUAUAAAAUCAAUAUUUUCAAUCAAAGUAGUUCCAACAAACCUAACUUUAAUUAAAAAAAAAAUGCUUUCAAGGAGAGAUAACGAAUUAUAUCCUUCAGCUUCUUAAUAUUUAAAUUACCUCCCCUUUUAGUUUUUAUUGACAAACUACAUAACUUACCUAGAAUUACAUUAACUUACAUAUAGUUCUCCUUUUUUGUACACAUUUGAAAAACUGUUAUAGAUACAUGUAAAUUAUAUUGUUUCUUGAUUAUUUUAGUUUUUUUGGUUCUUUGUACGUAUAGUGUUAAAAACUUUGGUGUUCACAACAACAUUACAUGUCGACAUUUUACAUGAAACUAAAGGUGUAUUGUAUCAUAGGUUAUCAAAAAUAUUUUUAUCCUUCUUGGUUUCAUUUUUUAUGAUUUGUAUAUGAUACAUAAUGUAUUAAAUUUAUACAUUUUGGACAAUUUUCGUUUCCUGAAAAAAGAGAACCACCGCAAUGAUAAAUAGCAAUCGGAUAUGUUAUCGAUAACAUCGAAAAAAAACUUUAUGGUAUAUCAUCACGCCACACGUGAAAUUCAUUUAAUGCUACGUUUUUUUCAUUUGAAAAACAAUUUAUUGCUACAUAUUUUGUUUUAUUUUUCUCUUCAGGGGCGAAGGUUCCAAUGUUUCUAGACAAUUCGAUUUGCUUGUUUGAUAUAGAAGUAUAAGUUGUCAGAUUUACAUACGAUAUUUACACUUUGGUGAUUUUUAUAUUAUGGCGGACAUACAUGUCACAAACAAAUGCGAUAUAGUGUUCACUCUUCAAAAGAUGAUCAAAUCUAGAGAGAUAGGAAAUCUUAAUUAACUCCCGCUUCAUAGAUAUAUAUUUUGUUUCCUGGUUACUGUUUUAAAUACCUAACAAUGAUUUACUCUUGAAAUGACUUAGUGGACAGCAGUUUUACAGGUUUAUUGAAUAAAUGCACAUUUAUACCCCAAUGGGGUUGAAGGCAUAUAUAAAUGAACACGAUGUAAUUGAAAGAACUUGUAUCACUACAGACGUUUUGUGCCCUUAUCAAACUUAUAGCGAUGAAAAUUGUUUUUACUCUUUUGAGUUAAUAAAAGAUUAUUUUAUCAAU